UCACCGGAGUUAUUAUAAGAUUAAUUGCCCAUAUGAAUAUUGGAAAAAUCUUCACCGUGCAAGGUCACAAUAAAGAUGGUAAUCAUCAGAAACCUUCUCUAAAUGCCAUUGCCUUAUGGCUUCAAAGCAUACAAAGAGUCAACUCUAUUGCCUCGAGAAUAUCUACAGUUUCAUUAGCUUGUAAAGAUUGUAAUAACAAAGAUAGUAGUGAAGAUAAUGUUGAGAUUGAUGGAAAUGUCCUAUAG